GCCAUGCUUACAGCGUUUAAUUUCUAUAUACCGACAAUAAAAAUGAACAGUAACUAUUUAUACUGUCAGUAUAUAUAACAGUUAACUGAAAGGUGACUUUGAUACUUUGCCCAUUCAACACUUCAUGUCUCCAGUUCACAAUCUUUAACCCCUUCCCUACUAUUCCCACCUCUAUAUUUUUCCAACUACAAACCCCCACUUUUUUUUAUGGAUACUCUGAUCUUCAUUUCCAUGUUCAUUAUUGUUAUACAUGUAAAAGCACUAGCAAAUUCAACUAGUUAUUCACCAAUUAACUGUUCAAAUGCCUCUGAUCUCAACAUUCAGUUUCCUUUCAAACUUCAAGAAUUUCAGCUACACUGUAAGCAAAACAGGACCAUUCUUCACUUCCCAUCAUUUGGGGAUUUAGUCAUCAAAUCCAUCUCUUAUGAUCUCAAGGAACUCGAAUUAAUCGAUCCGAAAAACUGUGUCCCUGAAGUUUUCUUGAAUCUGAAUCUUACAAACACCCCAUUUAGUUAUUACUAUAUCUUGAAGGAGUAUCAGUAUCUGAAUUGUUCAGCUGAAAUUUCAUCUUCUUUUUUUCAAGUCCCCUGCCUAAGUGGCAAUGGACAUCAUGUUUAUGUUGUGGAAACAUCAUUUGUUGUCCCAGAUUUUUGUAACCAUGUUAAGACUGUAAGAAUCCCAUUUUCAUAUAGUCCUUUUUUGUCUGAUAACACUUUUGGACUUGGAUUAACAUGGAACUUGGAAAAUUCUCAUGAAGAUAGUGUAACAACAGGGCAGUUUAAAGGACUCAAUGAGAUAGCAAAUGAUAAAGCCUUGGGGUGUAUUAUCUUGUUCAUGUUUAUAGUGGUGAUGCUGCUGAAGUUAUCUCAAUAUUCUAAGAGAGUAGAGGAAAAAUUGAAUCAGAAGGAACCUAUCAUUUUAGGGAACUAUGAAACUUUGGACAAAAUUGUGAUAAAAUAUUAGUAUUCAGAAUCAAAAUAUGUCCCAAAUCUAUGUGGAAACUUUUGGUGGGCUAUUGAAUUAUCUUAUUUUACGAUUAGGGGUAUAUUAGGUAUGAAGAAAAUGUUUUCCAUGCUGUUUAAGGAAACAAGUGAUUUUUUGUUUUACUUAUUGUUCAACACUUAAGUAAAAAUAUUAGUUUAUAAAUAUUUAUAU